AAAGGAAAGAGAGGGUUUUCGGUCGUGGAACGUGUCCAGUUCUCUGACACUUGUACAUUGGCAUCUCGGUAAUGUUGGAGAUUUGAUGAUAAAUUGAAAAAGGAGCUCGAAAUCCAGGAUUUUAGAUUUUGAGUUCAACUCAAUAUGUUGAUGGUUCAGCUUGGACAGUGCAAUGGGGUACUGGGUCAGUACCCAAAGCUGAGCCCUUUGGUUCGGAGAAGAAAGGAGAGGAUUCAAAGGAGCAUGUCUUUGCAAGCACAAGCUCUUCCUUCUAGAACCCAGAGGAUAAUGGAGAGUAUUGCAGUUGAAGGUGAAGUUGGUGGUGCUGGUGGGGCUUACUCAUAUAAUGCCUUAAAGAGGUUGGACCAUAUUUGGUCUAGUAUCUGUUCCACUGUAACAGUUUCUCAACAGCCUCAGCAAGUUGUUUCGAGUAUUCCAGGAGUGUCAAGCCAUUCUGAUCUCACUGGCAAAGUGGUAGAUAAAUUUGACGUGGUAGUUUGUGGAGGUACUUUGGGAAUAUUCAUUGCCACAGCCUUGAGUGUCAAAGGUCUUAAAGUAGGCGUUGUGGAAAGAAACAUACUAAAAGGGAGGGAGCAAGAAUGGAAUAUCUCAAGGAAGGAGCUGUUGGAGCUUGUAGAUGUUGGAAUUCUGGAAGAGAAUGACAUUGAACAAGCUAUAGCUAUGAGCUUUAAUCCUAAUAGAUGUGGCUUUGAGGAUAAGGGCGAAAUCUGGGUCAAAGACAUUCUUAAUCUUGGUGUUUCCCCUGUGAAGCUCAUAGAGAUUGUGAAGAAACGUUUUAUUUCCCUUGGUGGAGUCAUCUUUGAAGGUUGCAGUGUCUCCAGCAUCUCUAUAUAUGAGGAUGCAUCAGUCUUGCAACUGGCAGAGGGGAACAUUCUGUCAUCUCGUCUCAUUAUUGAUGCAAUGGGGAACUUUUCACCGGUGGUAAAACAGAUAAGGAGAGGAAAGAAGCCAGAUGGUGUUUGCCUUGUUGUUGGAUCUUGUGCUCGUGGUUUUAAAGAUAACUCUGCCAGUGAUAUCAUAUAUAGUAGUUCAUCUGUAAAGAAGGUUGGCGAUUCUGAAGCACAAUACUUCUGGGAGGCAUUUCCAGCUGGAUCUGGUCCUUUGGAUCGUACUACAUAUAUGUUCACUUAUGUCAGUCCUCAACCAGGAUCGCCAAAAUUAGAAGAAUUGUUAGAAGAUUUCUGGGACUUGAUGCCAGAAUAUCAGGGAGUCUCUCUUGACAAUCUGGAGAUACUGAGAGUUAUAUAUGGCAUUUUCCCUACAUAUCGUGACAGUCCAUUGCCUGCAGCAUUUGAUCGUAUCUUACAGUUUGGGGAUGCUAGUGGCAUCCAGUCACCUGUUUCAUUUGGUGGUUUUGGAAGCUUGACAAGGCACCUUGGGAGAUUGUCAGCAGGAGUAUAUGAAGCAAUCAAUGGAGAUUUUCUCGAUGCAUCCAGCCUGUCCCUCCUAAAUCCUUAUAUGCCAAAUUUAAGUGCUUCGUGGCUGUUUCAAAGAGCAAUGUCAGCCAAGAAAAACUCUAAUGUUCCUCCAGAAUUUAUUAAUGAGCUUCUUUAUGUCAAUUUCCAGAGUAUGCAGAAGCUGGGGGAUCCAGUUCUAAGACCAUUUCUUCAGGAUGUUAUACAGUUCUGGGCUCUUUCCAAGACAUUAGGCCUUGUUAUGCUAACUAAACCUCAGAUCAUCCCAUCAAUAUUCAAGCAGGUUGGUAUUCCUGUGCUUCUUGACUGGUCCAGUCAUUUCUUCAUGCUGGGCUACUAUACUUUUCUCUCCACCUAUGCAGAUCCAGUAAUAAGACCAUUAUUAACUGCAUUUCCAUCCAAGAUGAAAUACGAGUGGAAGCGGUAUCUUGAGGCUUGGAAAUAUGGGUCUGGUUUAGAUUAUAAGCUGUAAAGAUGCAGGCAUCAUCAGUCUAAUGGAGACUUGGUGUUCCCCAGAGUGAAUCAGAACCGGCAUGUUUGAUUUAAAGAAUUAAAUCUCAUACACAUCGGAGAGAGUCUGUUAUCACUGAAAUCAACAGAAAACUUUGUAUCCAUCGAACUCAUGACAAUCUCAAGUUUAUAAUUCUUUUAUUCUUCAAACGGGAUAGCACUUGUCCACCAUUUUGAUUAACUGUUCUUUUAUUGGAUGAGCACUCUAUUCUUCCAUUUUC